AAGAGUUAGUAGAGGGGUCUGAGCAGUCAGCAAAGGAGUCCCAGCGUUACCAUGGGCCAAGAGCAUCAGUUGCUUGUCAACAUAGACAUGAUAGUCUUCACUGCAGUGGUCUGGAGAUGGGAAAUAUCGUUGGGGUUCUGCCGGCUGAUACUGAGGGUCUGACAGGAUAAGGUUCUGGGAACAAUUCCCAGAAGUGACGCUGUGCCUGAAUGUGAGGAGGAAGGCACCAAGACUGACCUGAUUCAACAGGAUGACCAAACCAUCGCCUUAAAUUGGUCUUUGCAAGGUGUGCAAGUGAAUGCGGCUAGCCCAGCUUCCUGACACCUCCCAUCACCGGGAGCAGAGCGAGGCAGGGUCAGCUCAGCAUCAGCACCACAGCCUCUGAGCUCGCCCACCGCAGUGGAGGUAGUGCGAGCCAUUCCUGUAGGGGGUGCUUUGGAGCCAUAGUUGCGGCCAAGCACACGUGUGCGUCAUCGGACAGGGGGCCGGGCCUCCGGAACCCGGAAGCUGGGGACCCACGUGGGAGUCUGGGAGGCGACUAUCUUGGCUUGGGUGUCAGGUUGUGGGCAAUCUUUGAGCGGGGACUCGGGACAGUUUGUCCUACGUGAGGGGUCGUGGUGGGGGAGGCCAACGGGUCCUCUGCACCCGUCUGUUAGUGGAGUCCCAGGCGCAGCUGGAGCUAUGCGACUGCUCCGGGCGGUCGGGCGCCUGGUUGUCCGUCAUUUCUCCCGGGUGGCGCGGCCUGGCGGGGAGGAGCUGAGCCGCCUGCUUCUGGAUGACCUGGCGCCGACCCAGCGGCUGGAACGUCUGUUCGGCCUGUCCCCGUGCCUCCUGGCCCUGCGGGCCGCCCGCCGGCGCGUGGCCCGGCUCCUGCUCCAGGCCGGAAAGGCUGGGCUGCAGGGGGAGCGGGCCGAGCUGCUCCGGGUGGCCGAGGCGCGGGGCAUCCCUGUCCUGAGGCCCAGGCGGCAGAAACUGGACGCCUUGUGCGGCUACCAGGUGCACCAGGGCGUCUGCAUGGAGGUGAGCCCGCUGCGGCCCCGGCCUUGCGAUGAGGCGGCAGAGGCGAGCCCAGGCGACGACCCUCAGCAGCUGUGGCUUGUCCUUGAGGGGCUCCAGGAUCCCCGGAAUCUUGGGGCUGUGCUGCGCUCCGCUCACUUCCUCGGAGUAGACAGAGUCAUCACCAGCCGGAGAAACAGCUGCCCGCUUACUCCAGUAGUCAGCAAGGCCAGCGCUGGGGCUAUGGAGGUGAUGGACGUGUUCGCCACUCCUGACCUGGCCGGUUUUUUGAAGGCCAAGGCCCAGCAGGGCUGGCUCGUGGUGGGCACAGUAGGCUACCCAGGUCCUGAGAUCUCCCAGUCCUCCAAGGUCCCCGUCACUAGCUGCCUAGAGUUCCUCUGGGACCGGCCUACUCUCCUCGUGCUGGGCAAUGAGGGCUCUGGUCUGUCCCAGGAGGUUCUUGCCUGCUGCCAGAUGCUCCUUACUAUUCUGCCCAGGCGUCACCUGCCUCCUGGUCUUGAGUCUUUGAAUGUGUCUGUGGCCACAGGAAUUCUUCUACACUCCAUUUGCAGCCAGAAGAAGAGUUUCCCUAUACAGACGGAGAAGGGACAACUUCUCCAAGAUACCUGAGAACCCUUAGCUACGCCCGAAGGACUCAGAGAAGCCCAGUACCCAGGACUGCUGCCAUUGUGGUCAGAAAAACAGGCCAAAUGUGGGCUUCCGUAGACUGUCUGAGAUGAACGUGCGUAGGAACCGGAACGAGUCACACACAGAUCCUCAGGCUUGGGUGUGCUGGGCUCUCUGCCUGUGAGAGCCUGUUUACUGGCUACGGUCAGGAGAUAUUUGCAGUGGAGACCAAGGAGGGUUUCAUUUCCAGUUGGAAAUGGUGGUUUGCUAAUUUCCAGGAUGGGUUAAGACAGACGGUAUCUGUCCUGGAUCCUGCCCAGGAGUCAAAAGGCUGUUUUAGCAUGAGAAAGAAUCAGACAGUCCAGUGCAGGGUGUGUGGAGUGUGAGAGUGGGGAUGUAGAGGGAAGCACACCCCACCCGACCCGGUGAUGAGGAGGAAAUAAAUGAGAGGUGCCAUCCAGAGAGCGCCUUACAGCUGAACUGUCGUCCCCUGUUUGUCCACUAGGUGGCAGUCUUGCUCUUUGCACCAUAGUUUUGCCAAAGCUUGCAGGGAGACCCCUCUUUGUAGCCCCAUUAGAGACUUAGAGACAGGGAAAAUAUCAAGCAGCUCUCUCUCUCUCUCUCUCUCUCUCUCUCUCUCUCUCUCUCUCUCUCUCUCUCUCACACACACACACACACACACACACACACACCACACACACACACACACACUGUCCAGCCCAGUGGAAGGAACCUAUGACCCAAAGCCCUUGCCUUUGAGUCUGAGAGGUUGUGAAGUCAGGGUCACUGUUGUACAGCCCCAAUAGGCUUGGUCCCCUCCUCCAGGGUCCCACAGUGGAGCAGAAGUAAUAUUGCUGAACAGUGGUCUCACUCUGGGCUGCUCGUUGGAACACCUAAUGAGCGUUAAAGAAACAAGCCAGCCGGGCGGUGGUGGCGCACGUCUUUAAUCCCAGCACUCGGGAGGCAGAGCCAGGUGGAUCUCUGUGAGUUCGAGGCCAGCCUGGGCUACCGAGUGAGUUCCAGGAAAGGCACAAAGCUACACAGAGAAACCCUGUCUCAAAAAACCAAAAAAAAAAAAAAAAGAAACAAGCCAAAUACAGCAGCCACCGUGUGGUGCUGAGAACGUUGGGUACACCCUGGGGAGUAGGAUUUUUUUUCUUUUUCUUUUUGAGACAGGGUUUCAUAUACUAUGUACCUAGGGUGUCCUAAAACUUGCCAUUUAGCUGAAGAUUACAUUGAACUUUUGAUCCUCCUACCCCUAACCCCCAAGUGCAAGAAUUCAAGACAUACCCCACUAUGCCAAUUUAUAUGUUGCUGGGGAUAGAUGCAGGGCUUUGUGCAAGCUAGGCAAGUACUCUACCUACUGAGCUACGUCUGAGCCCUAGGCUGGAUAAUCCUUUGCUGUAGGAACUGUCCUGAGCAUGGUGAGAUGUUCCCACUAGACUCCAGGAGCUCUGGUUAUGAAACCAAAACUGUCUCCACAAAUGGCCAUAUGAUCUCUGACUGACAUCCCUGAGUGUGGGAUGGAGGACAGCAACCCCUAAAUUGUGAUCCUGGUUGCUGGGAGACUUGGGAAAAGUUACCUCCACACUUUCUUUAUAUCCUUGGAGGGUGCAAAGAAUAAUGGAAACGUGGUACCUUGUGUGUAGUAGGUGCUCAGUAAAUAGCACAGCUAUAGUGCCAACCCUCUUACUUUUUUACUUCUGAAACAGGUCCCAGGCUGGUCAUGAAUUCAUCCUAGCCCAGGUAGGCCUUAAACUUGCAAUCCCCCUUUCUCAGGCUCCUGAGCAUCUAGGAUUACUAGCUUAAGCCACCAGGCCCAAUUCAUUUCUGUCUUGCUUGUUUUCUUUCAAGAGUAUUUUUAAAUUAUGUGUAUUUUAUUUAUUGGUUUGUGCGUGUCUGUGUGUGGGUAUGUGGAUGUGAGUGCACAUGCCUUCAGAGUCCAGAAGAGGGCGAUUCAGGAGGCAGAGGCAGGCAGAUCUCUGAGUUUGAGGCCAGCCUAGUCUACAGAGUGAGUUUCAGGACAGCCAAGGCUGCACAGAGAAAUCCUAUCUCAAAAAAAAAAAAAAAAAAAAAAAAAAAAAAGAAUAAAGAGAAAAAGAAAAGGUUUAAUUUUUGCCAUGUAUGGUAGCGCAUACCUUUAACCCCAACACUCUAGAGGCAGAUGCAGGCAGAUCUCUGUGAGUUUGAGGCCAGCCUAGUCACCAAAUUAAAUUCCAGAACAGCUAGGGCUGUUACAUAGAGAAACCCUAUAUCAAACAACCAACCAACCCCCACAAUGUUUUAAUUUUUUAUGUGUAUGUUUUUGUGGCUCUGUGUGUGUGCCGUGUCCAAUGGAUCAGUAUUUCUUUCUUUCUUUCUUUCUUUUUAUUUUAUUUUUUAAUUUUUUUUGGUUUUUCGAGACAGGGUUUCUCUGUGUAGCUUUGCGCCUCUCCUGGAACUCACUUGGUAGCCCAGGCUGGCCUCGAACUCACAGAAAUCCGCCUGGCUCUGCCUCCCGAGUGCUGGGAUUAAAGGCAUGCGCCACCACCGCCCGGCUCUUUUUUUUUUUUUAAUUUAAUUUUAUUUUAUUAUUUAUUUAUUUAUUUUUGGUUUUUUCGAGACAGAAUUUCUCUGUGUAGUUUUGGUGCCUUUCCUGGAUCUCACUCUGUAGACUAGGCUGGCCUUGAACUCACAGAGAUCCGCCUGGCUCUGCCUCCUGAGUGCUGGGAUUAAAGGUGUGCGCCACUGCCGUACAGCUGGAUCAGUAUUUCUUAAAGGUUCCCAGUUGGUGUCAUGCCUCCGGGUUCAGGAUCCCUGGCUUGCUAGGCAUGGUGGUACAUGCCUGUAAUCCCAACACUCAGGAGGCUGAGGCAGAGGAGUGUUAAUGAGUUUGAGACUAGCCUGUUUGUAUAGCAGGUAUCAGACUAGCCAGGGCUAGAUAGCAAUACCCUGGUUUUUUUUUUUGUUUGUUUUUUGUUUUUUUUAAAUGUUUAUCCCCUCGUCCUGGAUGGUGCUUAGUGGCUGUCAGAAUGAUCUAGUGUUUGACAUACCAUUAUAGGCUUACCUUCAGGACAGCCUCUAAUGAAAUUAAGCUGUCCUACACCCCUGGUAAUAGGCCUGUUUACACUAAGAAGGUUGGGAAAGCACCAAGACCCCCAGGUUCUGUGUGCCCAGGCAAACUCCAAGGAAUUCCUGCUGUGAGAACGAAUGUCCUUUGAGAUUGUCUAAAACUACUGUUUAGUUUUUGUUAACUUGACACUAACUAAAGUGAUCUGGAAGAGGAACCUCAACUGAGAAAAUGCCUCCAUCAGAUUGGCCUGUAGGCAAGUCCCGUGGGCAUUUCCUUGAUGAAUAAUUGAUAUGGGAGGAUCCAGCCCAUUUGUGGGUGGUGCCACCUCUGGGCAGGAGGUCCUAGGGUGUGUAUGAAAGCAAACUGGGCUGGAGAAAUAGUUCAUCAGCUAAGCACACUGGCAGCUCUUCCAGGUUCGAUUCCCAGGACCAAUGUGGCAGCUCAUAACCAUCUGUAACUCCGGUCUUAGGGGAUCUGGCACCAAGCACCCACAUGGUUCAUAGACACACAUGUACACAAAACACUUGAACACAUAAAAAUAAAAGUAAAUAUUAAAAUA